UCAGACGGUCCUGGGAGGAGGCCGGGGCGGCCACUGUCAGAGUCUGUCCCCAAGGAUCUCCCCACUCUGCAGUCACUCCAGUCCUGAAGCAGCAUGAGCAGCCCCGAGCCACCCUCCAAGACCCCAGGGCCCGACGUUCCCACCUGGCAGACUCAGCCCACGUACAUCAACCUCGGUGAGGUCCGUGCCCACCUGCUGCCCUCCAAGGCUAGUCGCUCCCGGACGUCCGAGUCCCUCUCGGCCGACCCGCAGCCCGCGCCCCCGCCCCUGCCCAAGAAGACGUUGCUCAGGACGAAGUCCCUGCCCACCCACAGGGGCCCCAGCCCCGCGCCGGCAGGUCAGCCUCGGAGGCCCCUUCUGGGGUCCUUCAGCGUGGACGAGAGCCAGGCGUGCGACGACAGGGCCCGGCCAGCCUGUUCCCCCGCGGAGCUGCCCUUCAGCUCGCUGGGCCUCUCGGUCCACGACCUGCAGCGCCCCGAGGCCGUGCGCGCCGAGCUGGAGGCCCGGCAGCUGGUGGGGCUCAGCGCCGUGCACACCCGCCUCCGGGCCCGGCUGCUGGGGGGUCACCCGGGCCCCUGCCACGCCCGCCACGGCUUCCGCCUGCUGGACCCCGCGCCCUGCGCAGACGGCGGGGACGCGCUUUACUACCGCGUGGUGCGCAGGGACGACGACACCUGGCACGUCCUGGCCGCCAAGGUGCCCAAGCCGGAAGCCGAGACGCCCAACCCGUGGGGCCUGGAGCUGCAGGCCUCGCUGGCUCCGCAUUUCAACCUCCAGGGCCUGUGUGGCCUGGCGCCCGAGGGCGCGGUGCUCAACGCGCCUUGGAGAGGCCCCGUGGCGCUGGCCGCCGAGGUGCCGGAGCGCACGGUGACCCAGUGGCUGGCGGAGGAGGGCGCGCAGCGGGGGCCGGCGGACUUGGCGUGGGCGGUGGCCCUGCUGCUGCUGCAGCUGAGCGCGGCCCUGGAGCACCUGGAGGCGCAGGGCGCCGCGCUGGCGGAGCUGCGGCCCGAGAACCUGCUGCUGGCGACGCCGCGGGGCUGCGCGACCGCCGGGCCCCCGCGCCUGCUGCUCGCCGACUUCGGCCACGUCCACCCGUGGCCGCGGGGCUCCCCGGGCGCGCACGCGCGGCAGCUGGGCCGCCUGCUGCGCACGAUGCUCCGCCCCGCCGCGCCCUUGGCCACGCCCCUGGCCAAGGGCCUGGAGCGGCUGGCGGCCCGGCUGGCGCACACGCGGCCCUCUGCGGCCCAGACGCGCGGCGCGCUGCAGGCGCUGCUCUGGGGGCCCGGGCCCGAGCUGUGCGGCCGCGGAGCCCCGCUGGGGCCCUGGCUGCGGGUGCGCCGCGCGCUGCUGCUCCUGCACCUGGCCGAGCGGGCCGCGGGCGGGGAGGUGCCCGGCCUGGAGGACUGGCUGUGCUGUGAAUACCUGGCCGAGGUCACCGAGGACUCGCUGGGCCGCGCCCUGGCGCUGCUGUGGGACUGACCCCUCCCGAGGGCGACGCGCCUGU